AUGCGUCUGCUUUAUGCUUUCCUCGUUUUGCUCCCUCUUAGCAAUGGUCUCAGUCCUCAUUGUCCCGGACGGUGCAGCUGUGAUUCUGCGCAGUUGGUGCAGUGCUACAGACUGAUGGAGGUGCCAUCAGGCAUUCCUUCCACCACCAAGAAGCUCUACAUUAGCCACAGCAAAAUUCAACACCUCCAGCUCUCUCACUUCAUCAGAGUAUUGGCUCUAGAAGAUUUUAUUCUGCUGGCCAGUGGAACUGAGUCUGUAGAAAGCGACACCUUCAAAGCUAUGAGUACCUUGAAGACCUUGGAACUCUGGAAAAAUAAGUUAAGACGAGUCCCCGGUGCUCUCCCAGCCAGUCUUGAAGUGUUAAAUCUAAAUGAUAAUUCAAUAAACGUCCUACAUGGAUCAGAUUUUGAAGGACUGAAGAAACUAAAAAUCCUUGAACUUAAAAACAACCUGAUCUCUUCGCUCUCUCCCAGCACGCUCUCCCCCCUGGUCAGUUUGCAAAGUUUAAUGCUGGAUAGCAACAACGUGGAGUCUGUAGCUGGGCCCCUGACGCUUCCCCAUCUGAAACACAUGAGCAUGGAGAACAAUAAGCUGUAUCUCAUACCAGAUAACUUCUUUAAUUCUCUACAGUCUUUGCAAUUUCUCAGUUUCAGUGGUAAUUUUCUCACUAAAAUGCCUACUAAUCUACCCAAAUCCUUGCUAUCUUUAAAGAUGGAGAGAAACCAGCUUAAGGUGGUAAGUUUUCGAGAUACAAAACACUUGGAGAAUCUUUCUCACCUUUACCUGUCAGAAAACUUACUCUCUUCCAUUGAUGGGGCACAGCUCCUUGCCAAUUUAACCACACUGGAGUUAUCCCAAAACCGGCUUCAAACGUUGCCCCUGAGACUACCAGCCAGGUUACAAAAACUUGACUGUAGCAAUAAUCUGAUUCAGAGAGUUACAGCACAAGACUUCCAAGACCUCAGAGAUUUGAAGCAUUUGUUCCUGGACAACAACAUUGUCAGCUGGUUCGAAGCUGGAGCCCUUCAGAGGUGUUCUCAGCUCUCCAACCUGGCCCUGGAGCAGAAUCUGCUGUUGUCCAUACCGCUAAGGCUCCCAGGGACCUUAGCCAGACUGGAUCUGAAAGGCAAUGCGAUCGCAGAUAUUGCUGAGAGAGAACUCAGGGAUCUCAAGCAGCUUCAGGUCCUAAACCUUAGGAACAACAAGAUCUCUGCCUUAGACCUCAAAGCCUUGGAGGGUCUGCCUCGCCUCAGGCACCUCUACCUGGAUGGAAAUCCAUGGAAUUGUACCUGCAGUCUCCUAAGAGCAAGGGAGGUCUUGAAGGCCAAGGGCACAGACGUGAGGGGAGGACAGUGUGCAGCCCCAGCUGAACAGCAAGGGGAGAGCUGGAUGUCUUCCAAGAAGAUCAUGAGGCAAUGUGAGCAUCACCUACGCCUGACUGAGAAAAGCAAGGAGACCAAAAAGAAAUCAAAACCGGAAGACCCCUCCAGUGUCAGGAUCAGCCUGGAUGACGAUUAUGAUGAUUAUGAAAUAGAUUAA